GAUCAGCCGCGCACCUGCAUGCAUGCAUAUCCUCACCUCACCCCACCUCACAUGCCGUUUCAUCUCACACGUGUCGUCCCUUAGAAUCGCCGCGUCCGCCGCAUGAGGCGCUUGAGGCUCACUUGUGACUGCGGCACCCGCCACGCUGCUAGCUGAACUUGUGCCGAGCAGCGUGAGCGCGCCGAGCAGCGCGGAGGCAGAGCGCGCCGAGCCCCGCAUCCUCAUGUCGUCCCCGGUUCGCCCGCCGCUCGGCUCCCCUCCUGUCUCUCCCGUCGUACCCGACAAUCCGCCGCCAGCAUUGCGUGCGCCAUGCGCGCAGGAACGGAUAGAGGCGCAGGAGCGGAUAGAGGCGCAGGAGCGGGUGGAGGCGCAGGAGCGGUUAGACGCGUUGUGGCAGGAGGCGGAGGAGAGCGACAGCACGCGCCGCACGCACAGCCUGCGCGCGCCCGGGGAUGCGUCGCCCACGGCAUCGCCGUCGCCCAGGCGGCCCGGCAGCUACGCCAACCGCCGCGUGCGCUCGCUGUGGUCGUCGGGCUCGCCGCUGUCGUCGCCGCAGCAGGCGGGGGGCCCGCGUCACAGCCAGCAGUGGUCGUCGGUCGCCGUGCCCUUCUCCUUCUCCUUCUCCUCGCCGCUCUCCCCCGCCGGGCUCGCCGCGGACGAGUCGUCGCCGCGCCAUGCGCUCACUCGCACGGCGGACGGUAAGGAGCAGCCGUGCGGGGGCGAGGAGGAGCGGGAGAGGGAGGCGGAGCGAGCGGCGAGGCACAAGCCGUCCAAGUCGGUGGGGUCGCUGCCGUUCCUCCAGAUGGCGCAGUGGUCGCGCUCCUCCCCCAACCUCCGCUCCCCCGUAAGCCCCUCCGCCGCCCUAGCCUCCCCCUCCGACACCGCCUGGUCGCUUCCCGCCUUCGCCAAGUCGGUAACGCUACGCUCUUCGCCCAGGGCCGCCACUUCGCCCAGGGCCGCCGCCACGUUGUCCAAGGACCCCACCACCUCAGUAGCGCGCGCAGCGGCGACGAGCGCCGAGGCGCCGCGCAUUCCGCAGAGCCGCACCGUCGACCUGGUCGCGUCGCCUGCUGCCCUCGCCGCCGCCCCGCCAGCGUCGCGUGCGGACAGGCGCCGGUCGGCGGAAGCGGAGGUUGCGGGUGGCGGCAUGGGCGGUGGGAACAGCCCGUUGGGGGGCGGUGCAUGGCGCAAGCCCGCGGCGGGCCACAGGCGCAGCGAGGGCGGAAGAGAGCAGACGCUGAGCGCUGUGUUGGGGGAAGGCGCAGGGGAAAGGGCGGGUGCAGGGGAGGGGGACAAGGGAUGGACGUCCUCUGGCGGGCGCGGUUACAGGUGGCGGGGCAAGGCAGCGCUGCCGCAGCUGAAUGUGGGGCGGCAAUCCAUGCACAGCGCGCAGCACAGCGCGCAGCACAGCGCGCAGCAGCAAGCAUCCACAGUGCUGCAGCAGCUAUGCCCGCCCAUCUCCCCCCCCAUCUCCCCACAUGCCUCUUCCCGGUGCUCCCCCAAAAUCUCUCCAAACCCUUCCCCGAACGCCUCCCAAAAACCAUCCGCCAGGCCAUACCUGUGCUCGCCACGCUCCCCCUCUGCGCCAGCAGCAGCAGCAGCAGCAGCAGCAUCGCCGCGGUCGCAGGUGGUGAUGGUGCGGAGCUUCAUGGAGCACCGGCGGCGAGUGGCGGAGGCAGAGGAGAGAGAGGCGCAGGAGCUGGGGGAGGGGCCGGAGGGAGGCAGCAGGGGGCAGGGGAGAGGGGGGCUGGAGGGGAGGCGGGGAGGCGAGAGGACGAGUGAGGCAGUGCAGAGCACGGGCGGGAUGGCAGCAGCAGGGCGUGAAGCGGAGGAGGCUGCAGGAGGUGCAGGGGCACAGAGGGAGGGUGGGAGGGAGGGGGCGAGGGUGAGCCUUGGAGCGGCAGCAGGCGUGCAGCCCAUGGAAGAGCGGGCGGGCCCGGGCAGCAGGCAGACGGGCGUGGCGGGAGAUCCAUGCUGCAGGGACGGUGGGCGCGCGGCCAGUGGUGGGGGCGAGCAGGUGCGGGUGGAGGCGGUGGUGGGAGCAAAUGGUCUGUCAGCGAACGCGGAGGGUGGGGGAGGGGCAGGUGGGAGAGAGGAGCGAGGAAGGGAGGUUCAGGGAGCAGGGGUCAUAAGUGAGCGGCAGCAGCAGCGAAUGCAGUGGCUGCAGCAGCAGCAGUGGCAAGGGCAGGAGGUGGGAAGGCAGGGAUGCAGAUUGGAGGAAGGUGCGAUGGUACAGUGUGCUUCCCUGCCCUGCACCACUCGCUCUCCUCCCAUACCCCGACAUGCUUCCGCCCCUCUCCGCACCCUCCUGCCCCUCCACUCUGCUGUUCCUCUUUCCCCCCACCGCCCGCUCACCGCCUCGCCCCACAGCCCACCCAGCGACCUCUACCCUGCAUGGCAGCAGGCGCGGCUUGCGCCGGAUGAGGGCAGGGCGGGGUCGGGGCAGCAGGAGGAGGCGAAGCAGGUUGGAGGAAGCCAGAGGGGCCAUGGUGACGCAGCAGCCAGCUCGCACACCGUUCUUGCUACCUGCCACAGCCCCUCCCCUGCGCGCUCCAAACCACCCCAAAGCCCUCGGCCUGCCUUGUGCCCCAAGCAUGGCUCUCAUGCACCUCGCACCACUGGCAGCCUUGGGAUCCCCCAUGCCUGCGCCCCGCCCCACAACCGUGACCCCACCCAUCACCCUCAUGCCACCUUCUCACACUCCCUCCGCGCCAACCCCAUGGCUCUUCCUCUCUCCCUCUCGUCCCCACUCCCCUCCCCAUGCCACUCGCAAGGCAGCCCCUUGAGCAGCCCCUUGAGCAGUCCCUUCAGCAGCCCUCAGAGCAGCCCGCGGGAUGGUGUGAGUCGCAGCAGCACAGCCAGCACCAGACGCUCCCUGCCCAGCCCCCACUCCCAGCACUCGCCCCGCAGCAACCGCAUGCCACCACCCGCUGUAUGUUCUUCCCCUACACGCGCUGCGGACUGCGAGCAGCAGCACAGAGGGCAUGCCCCGCUCCCGUUGUCAAUGGGCGGCAGCCAAGGCGCGCCUUCCAGCCCUCGCACGCCCAGAAGUCCGCUUGCAUCUCCCAGCCAAGGCUCACAUGGCAGGCGGGGCAAGGGCGGCAGCACAGACGGCAUGAGCAGAUCUCUGAGCCCCUCCCGCAGCCCCCGUCGCGGCCCUGCACCUGACGCCUCUGCCAUGCGUGCAUGGCGGCAUGGUGAGAGCACGGUGCAGGGAGGCGCAGGGAGCGGGGCGCGGGGCUCCGGGAGUAAGUCCUCGCAUUCGUUCAAGCACCACAGCAGCUGCCAGGCGGCUUUCGGCCGGCCAGCAGAUGGGGGCAGAGGUGGGAAUGGGCAGAAUGGUGGUGGGGCAGCGGGUGGAGCAAUGGAGAGUGGCAGCAUGGGCAGUAUCCAGCAGGCUGAGAGGGCGCAGGUUGAGAGCAGGUCAGUGUGGUCCAAUGCAAGCCAGCGGCAGCACAGCUGUCAAAUGCCUCUAAGUGCAGCCGCCCCUAGGCUGCAGUCUAGAGGCUCUCAGCCAAUGCUGAGGCGCCACACGUAUGCUUCCACCCCCUCUGUUGUGAUCCCUGGGCCCAUGCUGCCCCAACAGCCUCAUGCCCCCGACCGCUGCACUCCUCCCCUUAGUCCCACGCCAGGCAGGCCAGCAGGCAGCAGCAUGGGAAGCAGGAAGGAGGAUGGUAGAGAGGGGGAGCAGAGGGAUGCAGGGCCGGGCAGCGGCGUUGAGGUUGUUGCUGCGGUUGCUGUUGCUGGUGAAGAUAAUGGAGGAGGGGCGGCAGAUGCGAGGCGCAGGUUUCGAAGAGAGCUGUCUCUCAGUGGAUACUUGAGCUCUGGGUAGCCUUCACGUGAACCCAGCCAUGGCUGGGUAGACCCCAUGCACCAGAUUUCCAGCCCAUUUAGAAACUCGUGCCCAUGUGCCGUUGAGGGUGUGCCGGUUAGGAACCGCCAGGCCGUAUUUGAUUUGAGUUGCUCAUUGAGAGUUUGCUGGACAGUGAGGAGGGCCUGC